AUGGAUAUUAACAGGUUCGUGCUGUGUUGUAUAGUAGUGGCCUGUAGCAGUCUGUGUCAGCUGACUUAUGGAGGUGUUCUACCGGGGGAGCUCCAGGGUGAUGGUGGUGUGGAUGUGGGGCAUCUAGAUGGUGUUCCUGGAGCUGGUAGGAUGAUUUUGGGGAGGUAUGCCAGAGCACCAGGCCCAGGAAUUCAGACGUCGAAAUGCAGCGGAGGACUGGACUUGUAUUUUGUCUUGGACAAAUCAGGAAGUGUCUCACAUAUCCACUUCCAGCAGCAGACUGUCAACUUUACUGCAUUGCUACUCAGCAGAUUCACGAGCUCCAAAGUACGUGCUUCUUUCAUCACUUUUUCAACGUUUGCUGAAGUCGUCACAAGGCUUACAAGUGACAGUGCUGCUCUCACCAAGGGGAUUCAACGCCUUCGUGCUGUGGUGCCGGAUGGAAAUACACAUCUACAUUAUGGCAUUGAGAAGGCCAAGACACAAAUCAUGUCAUCAGGUGGUGAUACAGCUAGUGUGAUCAUAACAUUGACCGAUGGAAAACUCAAUGACGUUCCUGAAUCUGUUGCAGAGGCAAAUAUCGUUCGAAAUUUAGGGGCGUCUGUACUUGCUGUGCGUGUUGGAGAUAGCAAUACCAUAGACUUGAUCAACGUCGCCGAUAAACCUACAUCGCAACACAUCUUCCGAGGCGACACAUUCAACGAUCUCGACAGUAUUAUUGACCAGAUUGUCAAUACAUCUUGUGUCGAAAUCUUGUCUGCACAUCCAACCGAAGUCUGUACAGGAGAAACCUUCAAUGUUACGAUAAGAGGGAAUGGGUUUGCUAAAACAAACGAUGUCUCCCAAGUACUCUGCAAUUUUCGGCUGAAUGAUACGGAUAACCAAGAGGUUCGACCGUAUUUAGUGACCGACAGUGAAUUGGUAUGCGCAGCUCCACAAAUAGAACAAGAUGGAGACUUUGUGGUGCUUCAAGUGUCUGUGAACGGGAAGACUUUUAUAUCGAGUAAUUUAACCAUUACUGGUACAUCUUGCACACCGCCUGAUGUAAUUGCUAUCGUCCUGGGCUUAUUCCUAGCGCUCCUCGCUCUUGGUCUGUUCCUCCUGUGGUGGUUCUGGCAGCUCCUUUGCUGUGUGGUUGUGGUGAAGCCGAAGCCCCCUCCUCCUUCCCCACCCCCAUCCCCCAACUCUAAGAAGUGGCCUACAGUGGACGCUUCGUACUAUGGAGGUGGCGGCAUAGGAGGUAUUAAGGCAGUCAGAGUGAACUGGGGUGAGAAUGGAUGCACGGAGGCAGGGUCCCAUCUUGAGAAAGCUAAAAAUGCCAAGACCCUAGCGAUUAACGAGGAAUCAGAUGGCCAACUCUUGGGAUCAAACGGAAUGAGCAUGUCAUGCCUUGAGGCACUCAAGAAAUGUUUUGCUCCAGUGAAAGCAUUCUAUGACAGAAUUGCCGUCUCGAGACCUGCACCUGGACAGAAGGGCUACUGCUGUUCAGUCCAGCGCUAAAGGCCAUGAUCAUGAAACCUCAAGUCUGGAGACUCGUGAGACGCAAUCGUCAUGGAUCAAACAACUUUGCAAUACUUGGAUACAUUCACAAUUUCAUGCUGUACAUAUUCUUUAAAUUUUGUGAAAAUUACCAAAUAGCCCUUUUUAUCAGAAAAAUCAUUCCCAAGUAGGAGCUAUGGAUUGCAUGUACCUUGAUUCUAAACAAGCAACAACAAGACCGCCGGAACUUUAUGUAAUGUUCUGUUGGAAAACGAAAUGCUAUUACCGGUAAUGACAAAAGUGUUGGUAACAAUUAGCUGUCAAUCAGUUUUAAAGUUUUUUGGAAUACUCAUUGCACAGUUUACCACUUCGCUAGUUAAUUUUUAGAAGUAGUUUUGUGAUCUUUUUAAAAAUUCAUUAAGUAUUUAUGUAUCUGCUGAAAAUUUCAUUAGAAUAUAAAAUAUCAUAAUUAUAGAAACUUAGUUCUAGACAUGCUCGUCUAAUAUGCUCUUGAUGCUUGUAAACAUUCAAUUUUUUGUCAAAAAGUGAUUAUUUUCUUGUACAUAUGAAGAUUAAUAGUGUAAAUACUUUGUAAAUGUUGGAAUUACUUUGCCAAGUAGGUUUUAUUGCUAUCAUACAUGUUUAACAUUCAUUUAUAUUAAUAGAGUUAAAAUUUAUAUGAAGUUCUGUACGGACGUUCAUUCAUUGUCAAUGAAAAUGUCUUUAAAAAAUAGUUUCACAAAAUAUAAUUCAUUAGCCUUGCUUUCAAUGUAAAAUUAGUCUUUUGGAACUCGCAACAUUUACAGUUAAGCUAAGGAUCAAGAAAUUUACAUUUUGACACCUGUAAAUUGAAUAUGCCCAAAUAAUUUCAUGGGGUUUUCAAGACAUGUUGCUGUGAACAAAUGUAUAGUUUAACAAAAGCAGAUUAAAGAAUUAUAAAACUUCCUUUAAGUAGAUUUUGAGCUCAUAAUACGCAUAUUAAUCUACGUGUAUAUUGUACGAUGCAAAUUUAUAUUUCUUUGGAAUAGUUUAUGAUGUCCACCAGACGGUUCAAAUAUUAGCUAGUAAAAUACUUACUGUAUGCUUAAAUUAAAAAGGUAAAAAAAAAAAA